UUAAGGAUUUACGAUAAUUGAUUGAAAUAAUUAUCAUCAGCAGUCUAAAUCCAAAUUUUCAAGUGAAAACUGUUAAUUAAAUUGUGACUAAAAGUGAAGUGAUAUGAAAAAUUCAGAGUAUUAAACAUCAAUAUGCCAAGAGAAGUAACGCGGAGACAUUCAUCUUCCCAGUUCCAGUGGGAUGAAAAAGAGAAUGUUAUAUUAACAAUAACUCCGAAAAAGAAAAAUUAUGCAAAUAUAACUAUACGAAAAUUGAAAGCUAAUCACAAUCCAUCAAAGAAUGUCAGUCCUUCGUGUUCAACGAAAGCAUUCAAUUCUGGUAAGAUUUCAGUUUUUCAAGAAAAAUUAAUACCAAAAGCUGAAUCAAACAAAGAGAUCACUCAUUCUCAAAAAAAUAGUUCUGUACAAGGAAGCAAAUGUACAGUUCAUGGUCCAAAAAGAGCUCGAUUAAAGAGAAGUCUUUCUGAAAAAAUAUUGCCUCUAAUUGAGGUAUAUGAAAAAGUUAAUCAUCAUGAAUUAUGUACCAAUAAGGACGUUUCUCAAUUCUUACAUAAAAGAAUUAAACAGCUUAAAACAGCCGAGAAUUUCUCAUAUGAAAUUGAAACACCUAUAGGAGUUCUUAAUAAGCCAAUACCUUAUACACCGGUCAAAGUGAAACACAGACGUAGUAAAUUACUACUUCAGAAAUCAGCCGUUAACAUCACAGCCCAAUUAUUUCAGUACUCAGAUGAUAUAAUACAGUUUUAUGAAGGACAGGAAUUUGAGAGGAAGAGAAUUUUCUCUGGUCUCAAAUAUCGACCAGUUUUAUCGAAUCAGUGGAAGAAUUCAGUCCAUAACAUCGUCAUUUUAGCUGUAAAAUUACAUUUUCCACCAGCACUCUCAUAUCAUGCUAUUAGGAUCAUGGAUGAUCUCCUUUCUAUGGGAGUUUUAAAUGAUGUACCUCCUCGAUUAGUUGAAAUAACAGCAUUAUGGUUGAUUGCAAAAAAGGAUUAUCUUUACAGUAAACUUCCAACGAUAGAGGAAGUCAUUGAACACUCCAAUUACUUUUUUACUUUGAAAGAAUUAAUUGAUUGUGAAUGGAAAAUUUUAAAAAAUCUCAACUUUCAUAUCAAUUAUCCAGAUUUGAUAUCAAUAAUAAUGUAUAACGUAAAAACUUAUUAUGGUUGUGAAUAUACAAAUGUAAAUUUCAGUACUUAUUAUUACGUUGGAGCAUAUAUGCUGGACAUUUUGCUCUUCAAUCAAAAAAUAAUUCAAAAAUCAUCACUACUUAUAGCUGGAGUUAUUUCUUCACUUACAAAAAUUCUAAUAAAUGAUAGAAUUGAUUGUUUUGAUACAAAAGAAAUAGAUCAUUGGAUUCCAGACCGAAUAAAACUUGCAUUUCCAGCAGCAGAAAAGAAAACUGUCAUCGAAAACUUAAUUUUAGGUAUAAAACGAUCCAUUAGUAUUAAUUCACCAGAAAAUAUUGUAUUCAAAAAAUAUCAGAAAAUGAGAUAUAAUCAAAUAGCGACCGUAAUUAAAAAAAAAUUCUGUGAAAAUUAGAUAGCUUAGCUGAAUAAUAUAUUUUAUACAUUUUUU